AUGAGAGCAUCUAGGCUCCGCAAAGACCUUCCAGCCCAAUACAACUCCAUUCAACUAUAUGCAGAUCUCUCUGCCCAAACCCUGAAAAAAAGGAAGGAGUAUAAGGAAAUAACAGAUGCCCUCCGCUCCCAUGAGGUGCCCUAUCGCUGGGUCCACCCAGUGCGUCUCCUCAUACAUAAAAAUGGAGCUAUGCACGUUAUCACCUCUCUGGCGGAUGGACGGAAAACACUGCAGAAAUGGGGUAUACAAUCCCAAAACCAAGCAAGAAGCGGCAACGACCCACAACCGAGUAAGCUUACAGCCGACUGGAAAAGAGUACGUAACUAA